UUGCCCCCUUCCUCGGACGCUAGCAUGAUGUCCUAUUUGAAGCAACCGCCAUACACAGUCAACGGACUGAGUCUAUCUACCUCGGGGAUGGACCUCCUACAUCCUUCUGUGGGGUACCCAGCAACACCCCGGAAACAAAGACGCGAGCGGACGACCUUUACGCGCGCACAGCUCGACGUGUUGGAGAACCUGUUCGCCAAGACGCGCUACCCGGACAUAUUCAUGAGAGAGGAGGUGGCCCUGAAGAUCAACCUCCCCGAGUCCCGCGUCCAGGUGUGGUUCAAGAACAGAAGAGCCAAGUGUCGCCAGCAGGCCCAGCAAACCCAAAGCGGCGCGCAGAACAAAGCCGCCAGACCCGUGAAGAAGAAAAGCUCCCCGGUCAGAGAGGCCAGCUCCGAGAGCGGGGCCAGCGGACAGUUCACACCUCCCUCCAGCACCUCCUCCAUCCCGUCCGUGAGCAGCAGCGCUCCGGUCUCUAUCUGGAGUCCGGCCUCCAUCUCUCCCCUUUCAGAUCCGCUCUCUACCUCCUCCUCGUCUUGCAUGCAGCGCUCCUAUCCCAUGACCUACACGCAGGCGUCGGGAUACAACCAGGGCUACACGGGGUCCUCCUCCUACUUCACCGGGAUGGACUGUGGUUCUUACCUUUCUCCUAUGCACCACCAGCUAUCUGCUGCAGGGUCCACCAUGAGCCCCAUGGGCACUAACGGGGUCUCUAGCCACCUGAGCCCGGCGUCGUCCCUCUCCACAUCGGCGUACGGGGCCGCGGGGCUGGGCUUCACUGGCACCGCAGACUGCCUGGACUAUAAGGACCAGACGGCGUCCUGGAAACUCAAUUUCAACGCAGACUGUUUGGAUUACAAAGACCAAGCCUCAUCGUGGAAAUUUCAGGUUUUGUGA